GAGCAGAACACUAUUGAUGUAAGGCCAUGACGUAAGCGGCUGCGGGUUGACCGGCGGCGCUAAAUUAUAUAUACAGGUCGGAAAGUUCUAAGAGACAGAUGGAAAUAAAACAAAUAUUAUUUUAAUCCAAAUUCCAUGUUAUGCACAACCUGUAUUUAGUCAAUAAAACAAUGCCUCCAUUUUCAAUCAUUCAAACAUUAACAACUCCUAUAAAGUAUAUAUAAUUCAUUAAGCAAGUUGUUCAAUCAAUAUUAUUUAUCCAAUUCCCUUUUUUUUUAAAUACAUCUGGAUCCAAAUCAAGUUUUACCUGCUUCUUCUGCUUCAUGUUUCUCCAUCCAUCAAUGGCUGCCGCUGCCGUUUCUUCUCGGUUGAUUCUGCUCGUCUUUUUUAUCAGCGUAGUUCACGGUCGAAUCCUGACCCUUCAUUCGUCUGAUGAUCAUUUGAUAUCAGAUGGAGUUGACCGUCUGGUCGAGAACCAAUCAUCGUCCACCAUUGAUCUUUCGGCCACGAGCACAUGCGAUCACCAGUACGGUUUUCUUCCAUGUUCGGAAAAUGCAGCCGGUUAUAUUUUCCAGAUUAUGGUAUAUCAAGGACUGCUGAUAUUCGGAGAAAAGCAGAUAGGCAAAGGGAGCAAAGUUCUGUUUCAUAUUAUUGGAGCCGGAAAAUUCGGUGGCAUCAUUUUUCGUAUUCUUAUGGCUCUUCCGUCCAUGAUGCUCAUGAUCGUGUCUGGAGUUUUCAGUAGCAAAGAGAAUGCACAAAACCAAGUCUCACUUGGAGUAGGUAUUUACGCGGGAAUCACGGUUUUUAGUCUUACGGUGCAAUGGGGUAUAUGCGUAAUAGUCGGAAGAAGAGACUUGAAAGAGAAACCGAACGAGUGUGAUGAAAUCCCUCAUACAAAUUGUCUGCCUUUUACUGCAGACACCGGUGUUGCAAUUGAUCCAGAGACUCGUCAAACAGCUGGGAUCGUGCUGCUAUCUUUGAUUCCUUACGUCAUCGUGCAGAUAGUUGAUAUAUUCCAAACUUCGUCCGGAAAUCAUUUCAUAACUUUGAUAUCGCUCGUUUUUUCAACGUUAUCUCUGUUAUCGUAUUUCCUCUAUCAGGUUGAAUUAAUAUCGAGAAUUACUGAACAAAAAAAAAAUCCUACAUUUUUAUUGCAUGAUUUUGACGCCCAACUAAUGCUGUUAAAUUUACCUUGUUUUCUUCGUCAGAUUUUGAAUCCUUGGAUUCAAGAAAGAAGUUUAGACUACUCGAGGUAUGAAAUGCUGCGUACGGGAUUUUUGAAGCACGUGCAACGACAGGGACAACUUGUGAAUGAAGAUGGGAAACUCAAUACUAAUGUCGUCGAAAAAUUAUUUGCUGACACGGAUAAAGAUGCAGACAAGUGUAUUACCAAGGAUGAAAUGGAAAAAUUGGUGGUUGACGUCCUUAAUACAGGGCAGGUGAAGAUUGACGACAAAUUUGCAGUUGCGGAAGUAAUGAAAACAUUCGACUUCGACGAUGACACGAGUAUCAGUGAGCAAGAAUUCAUCAAAGGAUGCAAGAAAUGGAUCGAUGAAACUAACCAGUCGUCUCGUCGUAGUGAUUCAACUUCAAAACACGUUUAUCAUGAGAUCUUGGUUUUCUUUCAUUUUUGUCAGGUCUUACAGCUAUUCAAAGAGAAGAAAGAAAACGAUCCCCGCGAGAUGGACAAAAUAAUGUCGAAGAUUUUGAAGCAUGCCGAAACCCAACUACUGAAAUCGGAAUCGCUUAUCACGCCUGAUGGAAAGCCAGACAUCGAGCGUAUUCAGAGUCUUUUCAAGCAGUUUGACACUGAUGGAAACAAAUCAAUAUCAGCAUCCGAACUGGAGCAGCUCAUAAGUACUGUCAAAUUCGGAGAAUUUAAACCAAAACGUGAGGAUAUAAUAAAGGAGCUUUUCAACGAUUUUGACAAGGAUGAUAAUAAUUCAAUCGACGAACGAGAAUUCGUCGAGGGAGUUAAGAAAUGGCUGAAUAAGGCCAUUCAUGUUGCAAAUACACCAGACAAGACAAGAAGUAUAGACGAAUUCGACCAGGUAAGCAUCAUUGUACUCGUUUUUAACUCGCAGAUCGUGUGGAAAAAAGCAGUGCACAACAACGGGGCUCUUAUCGUAUCUAUAUUUCAAGUCGUGUUUGGCAUUGGUAUAUUGACCUUCCUAGGUGGACCUCUCAUGGGUAGCAUUCUACAGCUGUCGUACGCCAUGGGAUUACCGUCUUUCGGCAUCUCGUUCGUAAUAGUACCAUUAGCCAUGAAUGCAAGAGCAGCACUAACAGCGUUCUUGCCCGCCAGUCAAAAGAGCGAAAGAAGUGCUUCUUUGACAUUCUCAGAGAUAUACGGAGGAGUCAUUAUGAACAACAUAGCGGGAUUGACAACGUUGUUGGCAAUCGUAUACGCAAAAGACCUGACAUGGGAUUUUUCAGCUGAAGUACUCACGAUUUUGGUUGUCUGUGCCAUAAUCGGCUAUCUGUCAUACUCGUCACCGACUUAUCCACUAUGGACUUCGAUAGUAGCAUUCUUUCUAUACCCUUUCUCGAUGGGACUGUGUUAUUUUGUUCAGGUUUACUUAAGUUGGAACUAACCCCUGUAUUUCGUUUCUUCCAUUUCCAUCGAACUAGAAACUCGAGGCUUAUUCUUUCUUUCUUUUUUUCCGUUUUUCAAACACUUGUAAACAAGCACAAAACUUUCUGUCGUAAUCAAUAUGAAACACUGCCAAUCAAUACCACAAAUUUA